ACAUCAGAUCAUGGAAUGACUGAUUGGGGUUCACAUGGAAGUGGUUCAACAGAUGAAACAGAAACACCAUUUGUUGCAUGGGGAGCUGGAAUAACUAAUGAUUCUCACUUAUAUCAUAUUGAACAAACUGAUAUUACGCCCCUUAUUUCAACUCUGAUUGGAAUACCUAUACCAAUUAAUAAUGAAGGAGUACUUCCUUAUAAGUUCUUAGAUUUAAAAUAUAAAGAGUUUAUAGCUAAUGCUUUUCUAACUAAUGCUAAACAGCUUGCUGAACAAGUUAAGGCUAAUAGAGAAUUAACUAUUGGUAAAAGCAUAGUUAAAAUGUACUGGAAAGACAAAGAAUUAACUGAUAAACUUUUGAAUGCUGAAAAAUUAUUCAAUUUAAAACAAAUUGAUGAAUGUAUUCCUGAAAUUAAAUACAUUAUUAAAUUAGCGAAAGAAAGUCUUACGUACUACCGACGUUAUCAAACAAAUAGAUUUUUUAUUUGCUUAGUAUUCAUGUGGUUUGGAUGGAUCACAUUUCUCUUUAUUAACUCAUCUGGUGUACAACGAUAUGAAAUUGAAUUAGGAUAUUAUUCAUGGUUGUUAUUAGCUAAUUCAAUCUUAAUAGUUGCAAUUGUUUUUCUUAUGGUUGAAUAUAUAGAUUGCAAAGAGUGGAGAAUACUAUGUUAUGGUAUUAUUAGUAUAGUAUCGGUAUGGCUUGCAUUUAGGGAAGUAAUUAAGAAAAAACUAAUUUUAAAAAUAAAUUACAAUAAAUCUAUGAUUGAAUUUAUAAGUAUUAUUUUCCUAAUUAUUAUGAUAUUUAUUGGUCUAAAAUACCGAUGGACAUUUAGCAUCAGCAUGCUAUUGACAACUAUACUAUUAAAGUUUAUGUUUAAUAAAAUUGCAAGAUCCCAAUUUAUAUUAACUGGUUUUACUCUUGCAGUUUUUCCACUUUUACCAACAGUUGGAUUACAACCAAAAAUAUAUAUUGUAAUAAUAGUAUUAUGCAUCAGUAUAGUUCAUUGA